UCGACCGCUCGUGAGGCACAAUGUCGAUGUUUAUAUUUAGUAUCGUUUACCUUUUACAAGUGUUAUUCUACAUAGUGACUUUAUUUUUUUUUUUUAUUGGAUGUCGGCUUUAUUUCCAACCAGUGAAAGAAAUGUGUAGAUGUAAGACGAAGCUUAACGGGAAGGUGGCUCUAGUGACGGGAGGGAACUCAGGCAUCGGGCUGGAGACGGCCAGGGAGCUGGCGAGCCGCGGGGCGAAGGUAAUCAUAGCGAGCAGAGACGUCGCCCGGUCCGCGGCAACCGUCAGCGACAUCAUCAGCACCACGGGGAACCCGCACGUACAACAUAAACACUUGGACCUCUCCAAAUUUAAAAGCGUUAGGCAGCUCGCCGAAGAUAUCAACAAAAGCGCAGAUCCGCUGCAUAUUUUGGUUAACAAUGCUGGAGUCGGCAUUCUAGAGAAUCGUCUCACUGAAGAUGGAAUUGACAAGAUCAUGCAGAUCAAUCAUUUUGGACAUGCUCUGUUAACUCAUUUGUUAUUGGAUAAGUUGAAGGAAUCAGCCCCGAGCCGGAUCGUCGUUGUAUCUUCACUCUUGCAUUAUGUAUCUAAAUUGGAUUUAAAUGAUUUAGCGGCGAAAAAGAAGUCUCAUUACAUGGUGAGGUAUAAUAACAGUAAGCUAUUAAACAUAUUAUGGGUGCGAGCGCUUGCCAAGCGGUUACCAAAGGGUGUGACUGUCAAUUGCUUGCAUCCUGGUUUGGUGAGCACCAACAUGUUCCAAAAAGUACCACCGUGGCUAGGUUAUAUUGUUGAAAAUGCUAUAGCGAUAUUUUUUAAGGUUCCAAAGGAGGGAGCACAAACGGUCAUACAUUUAUGUCUAAGUCCUGAAUUUGAGGAACAAUCUGGUGGAUAUUAUAUGGAGUGUCAGUUAAGAAAACCUUCGAAAGUGGCGCAAGAUGCGGAUUUAUCGGAAGCUGUAUGGCAGAAAACUAUGGAGUUGAUCAAACAAUGAUUUUGUAUGUUGAUUAGAGUUUCUUAGUACA